AUGAACCUAUCACCAUCACCUAAGACCAUCAACAUCAAAUCCGCCUACGAGAUGUUGACAGAUUCUCCCUACUUUAGCAAUCAAAUGGCAGGUCUGAACAAGGACUUCCGUUCACCCUACCAGUCAGGGAAGUCCGGAAGGUUAUCCCCAAGUGUCCUUAGCGGUGUCACUUGCAACUUGUUGGUGUGCAGCGAAGAUGAAUCGGAUGCGCGUAUUCCGUUGGUCGCGGAUUAG